UCCGCCAUACUGAGCGCUUUAUAACAUUUCGUGUCUCACUCGUCGAUGAGCGUUGGCGUGCGGAGGGCUUCGUCACUGUUCGGUGAGAUGGCUACUGAGAACAAGCCCGCGGCGGUGGAGGAGGCAAAGAUGGAUCUUUUUGAGGAUGAUGAUGAGUUUGAGGAGUUUGAUUUCGAUGAAGAGUGGGAUGACAAGGAGGAGGGCAAAGAAGGAUUGCAGCAAUGGGAGGACGAUUGGGAUGAUGAUGAUGUGAAUGACGACUUCUCCCUGCAGUUGAGGAGGGAGCUAGAGAGCUAUGCAGAGAAAAAAUAGCCUGUCCAAUCCCUGGAACUUAUAGAACAAUAUGAAUCAUCAUCUCUGCAAGCAAUUCCUUUUCCCACUUUCACUGGACUAUGUUUUUUGGACUUGUGUAGAAUGUUGCUUCUUGUUGCAACAUUUACAAUUCCUAUUGACAGUUAUGUUUCAAAUUUCAUGUGAAAUCAAGAUGUGUGCCAAACACUAGUUUCUUCAACUUCUUGAUGUGAAUGAAGUACUGUUGUUACACUA